AUGGUAAUCUUAAACAUUCCCCAAGCUCGCGUGCUCCCACGACCACCGAACCUGCCACAAAUCGCGCCGUCGGUUGUGAGCAACAUGUCUCUUCCUGGCCGCGGCCAGGUACAUGAGCCGCCCGGCACCCGCUUCACCCUUGCACCGAGCCCAAAGCGAAGACGAGUCGAGCUAAACCCCGAACCCGAUUAUAUCAACCUCGUAUCUGACGAGGAGGAGGAGGAGAGGCAGGACGGGAAGCCGAGUUUCUUCUUUGAUCUCGGUCCAAAGCAGCGCUCCUCCUCGCGCAAUGCGAGGAAUGCCGUACAACCUUCCCGAAGCCGCGCGUCCGUGGCCGGCUCCUCCCAAGGGAACACACAAUCUGCUACCCGACCACCUGCCGAGACGGAGAUGCAAAGGAAAGCACGGAUAGAUACAGCGGCUAAACGGCUCGCUACGUCAGUGGUCGACUCGCUCAUGCCUCAGUACCUCCAGGGCGUGCCGGAGAAGGUAUACGGGAAGAAGAAGGCUAAGAAGGGCAAGAUUAACAAUUACUACGUUGUUUGGAGUGGAAGGAAGUGCGGCAUCUUCACGGACUGGGCUACGUGCGAGGCCCAAGUAAGAGGAUGGCCUAAUCAAGGCUACCAAGGGGAAGAACACUACGAGGAUGCCAAAAUCAUUCUUCGCGAAAGACUCAUCAAAAGGCUUACGGAGGAAAAGAUGUCAAAGCUCAUCGAUGAGGACAGGCAACUUAACCACAGCCAGUUCUCUUCAGGGCCAAGCAACGGCCAUCGCUAUCAGCACUACCAGCAACCGCCACUACAACAACAUCUCCGGGUUCCAGACAGUGGAGUCUCUGAAAAUGGGGCCGCAGAAGAAUCUGGUGGCGAAGAUUUCAUACCGGUCGAAGACAAUGAACCGGCCGAGGUAUCGAAGGAGCCUCCCCUUUGUGAGGAGCAGCAGGACGCCAUGGAUCUUGCCAUGCAAGGCCGCAAUCUGUUCAUUACUGGAUCCGGCGGGUGCGGCAAGUCAGUGCUCGUCAGAGCGCUCUACGACAGAUUCAAAGCUAUGGGCAAAAGCGUCUACUUGAUCGCACCCACCGGGCAAGCCGCUCUCAACAUUGGCGGCAGAACAACCUUCAACUAUGCCACUUGGUAUCCAGACGACAUGAAGAAGCCACUUGCCGAGGUUUUUAACAAAAUAAGAGGGAAAAAGGUCCGGAAGCGUUUACUUGGGACUGAUGUUCUCAUCAUUGACGAGAUCAGCAUGGUUGAGAACUUGUUUUUCGACCGCUUCAGCCGUUAUAUGUGCCAUGCGCGCAAUAACAGCAGCCCUCUGGGUGGCGUCCAGGUUAUUGCUGUUGGUGACUUUUGCCAAUUACCCCCGGUUAUGCCGUUCCAGAACUGUACCUCGUGCAGCGUGGCGCUGAGGAGACAAGGCGGCGUGUACUUUUGUGGGCAAAGUGCAUGCGAACUGUACGGCCAGAAAUUCAUGGAUGAAGACAAAUGGGCAUUUAGGUCCCCUGAGUGGAACAGGUGCGCCUUCGAGUAUGUGCACCUGACCAAGAUUCAUCGCCAGCGAGAUGAGCAGUUCGUCAACGUUCUUCAGAACUGUCGAUUGGGCAGAAGGUUGGGCAAAGGCGAGAUCGACCUCCUACUUGAUCACAAGUGUGAGGCCCCUGACAAGAGCGCGGAUGCCUUCUAUGCGCCACAUUCCCAGAAACCAUUACACAAGCUCAAGGAACAUCGAUACUCCAAGCUCGGGACUUUCAACAUCAAUAUGCCUGUGGUUUUGCUCUCAAACAUGGAUCUGAAAGCGGGCCUCUGCAACGGCAGUCAGGGGAUCGUAUGCGGUUUCGUACCACCGAACGAGCUGGAGGAGCCCAAAUAUCCCAACGAAGACAACUACAAGGAUGACCCGUCCGGGUACCGGGCCGCGACGCAAAGAUACUCCCAGAUCACGGCAUUCGUGACAUCGCGCCACACGCCAGAUCAAUUCCCCAAGGUUCGAUUCGCUAACGGCGAAGUCCGCGCCAUCGGCCCCGACUGCACGGUUUCCGAGAUCGGAGCGAAGCACCCGUACAGCCUCCUGUCUCGCACGCAGAUUCCUCUCGCCCCGGGCUGGGCCAUGACCUUCCACAAGAGCCAGAGUCUUUCCCUGGAUCGCGUCAUUGUCAACCUGGGCGCCGCGUGGGAGAAGGGACAAGCCUACGUGGCCGUAAGCAGGGCUCGGUCGCUCCGGGGUUUGAAGGUGCUCGGCCUCACAGCGGCCACUGUGAAUUCCAAGUUCGAGCUCGAUCCAAUGGUCAAGUCAUUCAUGGAGCAGCUCGAAGCCAGGAAGAAGGCAGAGAGCGUGCGGAACCCACGGCAGCGGGAGUCCGGAGUGGUGGCGCAUCCUGGACCGCCACCAGAGUCUGAGUAUGAGUCUGAGUCUGAAGCUGGUUAUGAGCCUGAGUUUGGGUACUCAGAUGAAGACUUAUGUCAGGGGGAGAAUCCCUAUCGGCCAGAGGAAUAG